AUGGCCAGCAGCCCCCUGCCCGGCCAAGCCGACCUCCUCCUGUCCGCCCCGUCGGGGGCCUUCGCGGGCGAGGCCCUGCCCCCAGGCCCGCCGCCCUCCUCCUCCUCCGCGGCCCCCCGCGGCGGCCCCCCGCCGGGGGCGAUGAAGCCCAACCAGGUGGGGCAGGUGGUCCUCUACGGCAUCCCCAUCGUCUCGCUGGUGAUCGACGGGCAGGAGCGCCUGUGCCUGGCGCAGAUCUCCAACACGCUGCUGAAGAGCUUCAGCUACAACGAGAUCCACAACCGUCGGGUGGCGCUGGGCAUCACCUGCGUGCAGUGCACGCCGGUGCAGCUGGAGAUCCUGCGGCGGGCGGGGGCCAUGCCCAUCUCGUCGCGCCGCUGCGGGAUGAUCACCAAGCGGGAGGCGGAGCGGCUGUGCAAGUCGUUCCUGGGCGAGAACCGGCCGCCCAAGCUGCCCGACAACUUCGCCUUCGACGUGUGCCACGAGUGCGCCUGGGGCUGCCGGGGCAGCUUCAUCCCGGCGCGCUACAACAGCUCGCGGGCCAAGUGCAUCAAGUGCAGCUACUGCAGCCUCUACUUCUCCCCCAACAAGUUCAUCUUCCACUCGCACCGCACCCCCGACGCCAAGUACACCCAGCCCGACGCCGCCAACUUCAACUCCUGGCGGCGCCACCUCAAGCUGACCGACAAGGCCCCGCAGGACGAGCUGGUCUUCGCCUGGGAGGACGUCAAGGCCAUGUUCAACGGGGGCAGCCGCAAGCGCGCCCUCCCCCAGGCCCACCACUCGCACCCGCCCUCGGGGGGCCCCGCGCCCCACUGCCACCCCCUGGCCUCCGUCAAGGCCGCCGUGGUGGGCGUCGGGGGAGGGCUGCUGGGGCCCCACCUGCUGGGGGGGCCGCCCCCGCCCCCCGAGCUGCACCAGAAGAGGGGCCGCUUCGACGACGACGAGGAGCUGCAGGAGGCCGUGGCGGCGGCGGCGGCGGCAGCGGCGGCCCACGGGGGUGGGGGUGGGGGCGGUGGGGGCGGCAAGGGGCCGCGGAGCUACCCGGUCAUCCCGGUGCCCAGCAAGGGGGCCUCCUUCGGGGGGGUCCUGCAGAAGUUCCCCGCCUGCGGGGGGCUCUUCCCCCACCCCUACGGCUUCCCGGCCGCCGCCGCCGCCUUCAGCCUGUGCCACAAGAAGGAGGACGCCGAGGGGCUGGGCGUCGGGGGGCAGCAGGGGGCCGUCGGGGGCCACAAGGCGGCGGCGGGGGGAGCCGGACUCUCGGGGCUCUUCUGGCCCGGCACGAGGAAGGACGCGGCCGCGGCGGCCGCGGCUUUCUACCCGCCUUUCUGCAUGUUCUGGCCCCCCCGCGCCCCGGGGGGGCUCCCGGGGCUGCCCACCUACUUGCAGCCCCCGCCCCAGCCCCCCGGCUGCUCGGCGCUGGGGGGGGACAGCCCCAGCUUGCUGCGACAAGCCUUCCUGGACCUGGCUGACCCCGGCGGCGACGGGGGGGCCGCCGCGCCCCCCGCCGGCAGCGGCAGCAGCGGCAGAGAGACGCGGGGCUUCGACGGCAGCGGGGAGGCGGCGCGCUCUCCGGCGGGGGAGGGCGGCGGCGGCGGGGCCCCCCGCGGCCUGGCGGCUCCCCAGCCCCCCCUGCUGGAAGGGCAGCCCCGCGGCAAGGGGGCGCCCCCCUACCACCACUCCAGCGCCUUCCGCCCCGUCGGGGGCAAAGAGGACUCGGAGAGCCUGGCCAAGCUCCACCACCACCACCAGCCCCGCGCCUCCGCCUCCCCGCCGCCCCUCCUGCUCCUGCCCCCCGAGGCGGAGCCGGGGGGCUGCGACCGCCCCCACCACCCCCCGGGCCACCGCCCCCUCUCCCCGGGAGGCACCAGCUGCAGCUACCCCAGCGAGGACAGCAGCGAGGAGGAGGAGGAGGAAGAAGAGGAAGAAGAGCCGGAGGUGGACGUGGAGAGCCACAAGCAGCCCGAGGAGGAGGAGGAGGAGGAAGGCGAGGAGGAGGAGGAGGAGGAGGGCGAGCCGGGCGUGGUGGAUCCCGUCGGGGGGGCCGGCCGCUACCUCCAGAGCCGGGGCUUGACGGACAAGGGAGCCGGCCGCGACAGGGCGGCCGCGCCCACGGGGCCUUUCCACCUGGCCUCCUGCAGGCCGGCCCGGGAGGAGGAGGAGGAGGAGGAAUCCGGGGGACCCAAUGCGGAGCAGCUGCUGCCUCCCCCUCCGCCCCCCUGCCCUCCGAAAGGGGGGAGCAGCCCGGCUCGCCAUCCAUCAGCCGAGGAGCCGCCGCCCCCCUACAAAGAUAUUCCGAAGAGCAAGGAAGGCCCCCAAGUCGUCAUAUCCUCGAAGGAAGACGCCUUUGCAGAUAAGAAUAAGGAACAUGGUUUUUUCAUCACAGAUUCCGACCAUCCAGGAGGAGAUUUCUGGAGGAACAUAGCAGGCGAACCUAUACAGGAAACCAGUUCACCUCAUUCUCUGAAGAAAGAUGUCGAAAACAUGGGCAAAGAAGAACUUCAGAAGGUCUUGUUUGAGCAGAUAGAUCUGCGAAGAAGGCUGGAGCAGGAGUUUCAGGUCCUCAAAGGCACCGCGUCUUUCCCGGUUUUCAAUAACUUUCAAGAUCAGAUGAAGCGGGAGCUGGCCUACAGAGAAGAAAUGGUCCAGCAAUUACAAAUUAUCCCCUAUGCAGCAAGCUUGAUCAGGAAAGAAAAACUUGGCACACAUCUCAGCAAAAGCUAAAAGAGCAUGAACUACAGGACCGACUUGUACAAUAUCACCCAUCUCUUUGAAUUCAGACUUUUGUAAAGACUGAGAAAUGGAAGGGCUUUGGCUAUUUAAAAAUAAGAAUGAAGGAGGAAGAGAAUUAA